GCAAAUACCUAUGGCGUUAGAGGUGCAAUGCGGUGUUUUUAUGGAAGCGCAAGCAAGAAAAUCGUGAUCAAAAUGAACAAUAAAACUUUAAAAAAAUGAUUUUAGGUGCGAGUUAGCGUGCUCGAAAUAAAAAAAAUAUUUAUGAUUCUCUGUGAAGUUUAUAAGUGAUAAUUUUCGUUGUUUUAAUAGUAAUGUUGCGUCGAGUUAACUUUUACUCAAUAUGUAUCGCGUUCGGGCUCAGUGUUCUAUUAAUUCUUGCUGGAAGUCGGUAUACAGAUAAUACUUAUUACCGUCCAUCCCCUGAAAGCCACAGAAUUAUUGAAAUUAAUAUACCACAAGAAACUCCCACAAAUCCCUAUGAUAGCUCUCUCAAUAUUGCUACAAUCAUGGAAAAAACACGAUAUAAAAUUAAAAUUGAAUUAGAAAACUAUAACUUUACAAUCUCGAGUGUGAAAAAGCUUGAAGACUUAAUAAUGGAGUCCGGCGGACAACCAUUAAGAAGUAUAAUUAUAUCUACUUGGCGAUCAGGAACUACAUUUUUGGGGGAGGUGCUUAAUUCUGUACCUGGAAAUUACUAUCACUAUGAACCUCUUCUUAAUUAUGAAAUUAUACAAAUUAGAGGUUCUCCUUACUCAGACAAAGCCUUAGAGACAAUCACUAAAAUGUUGAAAUGUGAUUAUAAUGGUAUGGAUGAGUAUUUUGAGUAUGGUAAAACACAUUUACACCAAUUCAGUCAUAAUACAAGAUUGUGGGACCACUGUAAAUAUAGGAAAGAAUUGUGUUUUGAUGCUGACUUCACCUCAAAGUUUUGUAAACUCUUUCCUUUUCAAAGUAUGAAAAUAGUUAGAGUCAGGUUACACCUUAUACAACAGUUACUGGAGAACAAAGAGCUUAAUAUUAAAGUGGUCUUAUUGAUCCGAGACCCUCGUGGUGUGAUGCAGUCCAGACAGCACCGUAACUUUUGCCAACCAUCCCCUGAUUGUUGGAAACCAGAGCUAUUAUGUGCUGAUAUGAUCAGUGAUUAUGUUGCAGCUAGCCGGUUAAUAAAGAUUUAUCCUGACAGAAUUAUAGUACAGCGGUAUGAAGAAUUAGCAUUAGAUCCAAACAGUACGGUGCCUAGUCUUCUAAAGUUCCUAGGAAUCAGUCCAACAACGUCUGUUGAAGAGUUUCUUCUCUCACAUACUAAUGUUGAAGUGUCUGGUGUCAGUUCCACGUUCAGGGUCUCCCGAGAAGUGCCUUUCAAAUGGAGAAAUGUUUUAAAUUACAACUUUGUCGAGGAUAUACAGUUGGUAUGCAAAGAGGCGUUAGACCUUUGGGGAUACAAGCUGGUGCAAAAUGCAACACAUAUGAUCAGUAAGGACUUUAAUCCCUUGACAAAUUACACAUUGAUGCAGUGACAUUUCAUUGACGUAGAGGUGAUAAACACGAACCAUUCUUUUAAGGUUUGAUUCUUCACUGAGGACUUCCUUCAUUCCACUUAAGGUAUUAUGAAAUAGGCUAUCAAUCAUAUCAGUAUUAUUUCUGUGAGUUAGCAUUUUCAUUGGAAAACAUUUUAACGGAAUUUACACCGAAAAGGUUGGUUUGGUUAAAAAAUGACAAUUGUAGUGACGGUAUAAAACAUUUUAAAGCGAAUAUAUAAAAAACAAAGCAUUUUUAAAUUUAAAUGUAAUAAACACCACGCAUCUUUUGUGCUUUAAACUAAAUAUACGAAAAUAUGGUUCUUCAUUCCUGUACUAUCUAAUAUUAGUGCCUUUUCACACGAUAAUAAUACGCACGUGGACUUAAAGCGUCAUAAUUUUAUAUAAGUGAAAUUUGAUAGCCGCUGUGAACUCAUAAAUCGCUUUUAUUUAAAUUUUUAUUAAAUACAAUUUGUAUGGGCCCGUCAUGAACAGAGAUUUUAUUAACUUAAACAUUAUUUUCGAUUUAUUAGCGUUAUUUCUUUUCAUACCUACUGUAUCGUAGAUUACUCAAUUUGACAAUUUUUGUAUUUAGUGAAGUGGACUGAAAAUUAAAUCAUUUGCCAUAAUGCAAUUAAAUGCAAAAUUUGGAAUUGUAUUUAAGUUUAGAUAUUUUCUUGAGUAUUAAAAAACGAAUGACUAUUUUUUUUAGGUUAUAUUAUAUUUGCUGUCAUUUAUAAGAUCAAAAUUCACAGCGGGUACUAAGUUGCCUUAUACGGCUACUGCCAUUGCAAUUAUACACAAUCAUUGCCCAACAUUUAGUCAUAUACAUCACAAUUUAGUUAAUUAGCGGGCUAAUGUCCAAUUAGGGUAGUUAUUUUAUAGUUUAUUUAAUGGUAACGAACAAAUUAAAGUUCUGGUUGUGUGAAGCACCAUAGGUGUUGAAUAUCAAAACGUAAAAGAUGGACCAUGUAGGGGUAAAAUUGCUUGAUAGUGUAGACGGUUAGGUUAGCAAUUUUCACCUCUCAAAGCUAAAGUACACUGGCGAUGAUGUCAACUGUCAAAAGUGACAGGAACAGAUUAUAAAUGCAAUUAAUGUGUUAGAAUUGUUUUAAAACUUUUUAAAUAUUAAUAUUUCAGAUUGUGCAAUAAUUUUAAAUCUUCAAUCGUUUAAUCCAUACAUUUUUACGUUUAUUGUGAUUAGAGAUUAUAGAUGACGUAAUUACAUACUUUAUUAAUUAAGACAACAACAUUCGUGCCUCGUAUAAUUUUCGCCAGAGUACUUUGGUUAAUGUUUAAGGCUUAGUCUACAAAUAAUUUUAGCACUCACGGAAUUGAAUAUUAAUGCUUCCAAUGUAGGUGUUUUAUUGUAGUUUAGAUAUAUUAGAUCGACGUACAUAAAUUUUGACUGAAUACCAAAUACUCGACGGCAACUGUACUAUAAGAAGGAUAACUGUCACAAGUCAUGCAUAUCAUUUCUUAUUUAAAUGACUAUGCGGAUUUAUUGUUUAAUCUAUGGACUGCUUUUGUCUUGCGCUUCAAUACAUUUAAAUGGUAAUAUGACUAUGCGCCACCUUCCGAACAAUCGAAUUUGAGGGUAGUAAAAUUAUUAUAAAGUCCUUGAGAUUUAGCUCUGAGCAUGUACUCGUAUGUCAAAAAUGUGUUGCAUUUUGACAGUUCCAUCUGUCAUAGUUAACUCUCGGUAAUUCAUCACGUUCAUCGAGUGAGAAAAAGUAGAAACUAAAAUUUUUUUAAUGAAAGAGACGAUGUAGCGCGGUUAAUCUCUUUCACUAUCAAUCUUCAACAGAUUUGUUAUCAUGGCGGCUAUAAGAAAUAUUAUUUCCUUCUUAUUAUUCCUAGUGAAUUUUAGUAUUAAUUGUUAUAUUUUAACAUAUAUUUAAAACUUUUCUGUAUCAUAUUUAAUGAGAGGUAUGUCUGGAUUGUAGCCAAUUGACAUCCGUCGAUCUCUGCCUACCAAUACGGAAGAAAGGCGUGAAUGUAUAUAUGAAAAAACAAUACCAGACUAUUAUAGUAUUGAAGCGCAAAACAAAAUCGUUGGUUCUUGCUAGUCACAGAUUAAAAAGCGAAUGUAUACAAAUGAAUUUUUACGAGCAAUUAAUGAUGCCUUUUUAAAUUUGGAAGGGGACAUAUGUAAAUGUAAUCUCCGUCCAGAAAUUGCGUAAAACUGUUCCUGCUGAACUGAGAAUAAAUCAAUUUGCAGUAGGUGCUAUUAAGUAUCAUUCUGUUGAAGCUUUUGCUGAAUAAGAAUUUGGAAGGAAUUGACAGGUUAUGUUUUGUUGACAGGGACGUGUCACCGAAAGCAAGAAAUUGUGUACCGUGAUUUUGUUUAAAAGAGAACUACAAAAAUAUAAUAUAAAUUCAAAAGCAGUGGUUUACUGUGAACCGAUAGGAAAAAAAUUUAGCAGAAUUUUAUACGUACAUUUUUUUAAAAAAUGUAUUAAUCCAUCUGUAAUCAGCCGCUUGGCUUUUAUCAGAUUUAAUUUGAAUUUAUGGCAAUUAGGGAACGCAAAUUCAAUAUUUUUUUUUAUUUCGUCCGUAAUUCGUAGACUGUCAGACGCUCAGCGUUUGUCCAGUUGCAUGCCCAAAUAUUUGGUUGUAGUCCGUUUUGGCAAAACAGCUUCCUCCAGAGUCUUAUAUACGUACGUACUUAUUAUACGUAAAUAGACUAAAAAUAUAUUGAUAAAAUCCUGCAGUGUCAACAAUAUAUAGCCUUCGCUUAACUAUAGUACUUGUUAGAAACUUUUUUAUAUAUAUAAAAUCUUACCGUCUUUUAAAAAUUCCGUAUUUUAAUUAAAAUACUCUUCCGUCUCUUUCUGACAAAUGGUUCACGCUCUGAUAAAGAGAGAGCAUUACUUUUUUGAUUUUAUCUAUAAUAAUUGUUUGUACGAAAAAUAAAAGUUUGCUUUCGGUGAAUGCGUUCGUUUUUAUAAAAAGCAUCUCUCAAAUCAUAAGUGCUCAGAUAUCAUAUCGAUAAAUUAAUAUCGCCUAUAUGCGUAUACGUAUCCAGUGAUAAAUAUUGUCGAUUAAGAUGAUACCCUUAAAACUAACCAUUUAUAAUAACUAUAACUUUAUUUUACUGUAAAACUAAUGCCAGUGUUAAGUAUAUGCCUCGUCCUAGUUAUUAAUUACUCAAAAAGAAAUAAUAUAAUGCUAAUUCAAUUAACAGUGACUCGGACCGCUAUUUUCUUUAUGUUUUUUCGUCAGAAUGACAAUGACAUUUUGACGUUUUAUUUGUCAAUGUCAUAGUGAUUUAGUUUUUUUGGUGUAUAGAAUAUUUUAGGCACCACAAUACAUCAGUUCUUUUAGUUUAUUCAAUCUGGGUAUCAUCAUAAUUUGGCUGUAGUUUAAAUUUAAACAUCAUUUUGGUAGAAUAUAUUGUAAAUUAAGACGUUAUUUGUAGAGUGAAAUAAUUCGCAACUUAGACUUAUGACACAACUGUCCAUCGAACAAAAUAUUAAUUGGUAGAUAAUUAAGUCAAUAAACGUCUAACUUGUGACUAACCGCUUUCAAUGCAACUACAUUCAAAAUGACAAAUUGGUAGUUUUGACAGCUAAAGAAAGAUGGCGGAUUACUGUUUAAAACAGACGUACAUUGAACAAUAAUUUAGAUUAUAUGCAAAAUAACUAAACAAAAGCUGUCUGUGUAAUUUGGGGAUGCCAUCUUUCUUCAUAUCUAGUUCCUACGUAAUAACACCAAAAUAUUUAAUAUCGUUAAUUGUAAUUUUAAAUUGGCAACACAAUGGUGUGUCUUCGCUUAGAUUUACGAAAUUAUUUUAAUAAUUAGGUACUACUCACAAUUAUUAUGGUCAAUUUGCCUGAAACCGGUCAUAUUGCACUAGUAAUAAAGCUUGUAAAGUUGCAAAAUAUAUUCUAAAAUACGAUUUUAAUAAAUUUAAGAACAUGGUAUUCAAAAAUUAAAAUGUUAGUUUUAAUGAUACUUAAAGUACACGUUUUCUUUAUUACUUUUAAUAAUUUACUAUUAUAAGUCACUUUAUUACUCUCUAAAUUUGUUUAAUAAUAUACUCUUGUGAGGUACUCCUAGCGUGAGUUGAUAUCGAAUAAAACGUUAAACGAAUAACCAUUUAAAGUGAAUUUCACCACACUCACUGAUCAAAUUACAUUCUUUAUCAACUCACUAAAUCAAUUUGCCUCUGGCAUUUAAAUAUUGUACAAUUAUUUUUAAUUAGAAGUGUUUUAGAUUGGUUCGUUCGUUCGUUUUAAUUUUUUGCAUGAUACACCGUAUCACCAAAUUGUACAUAAUGCAAUAAUAAUAUUACGCUACUGUUGAACUCAAUUAAGUCAAUACGCAUCAAUUACUAUGUUUUAAGAUGACAAGCUUCCUGAUAGAUUUGACAAUAUUAUUAUACAUGCAUAUGUACAUAAGUAUUUAAUAUAUUGCAUGACUAGGGUACUUAUUGGCUCUGUAUCAUAAAAAUUACAAAUGCCAAAACCUGGCAUGUUAGGGUUCCCAACUUUGUUCACGAGUAAAGAGUUAAUGUGUUAUUAGACAUUUUCAAUUGUGUUUGACGUAGAUGUUGAAGAAGGAAUACUGCUUGGGAGUCCUAGGCACACUACAUAUAGCAUGUCCAAUGCCAAAUGACUUGGCAAAUGUCAAAGGGCAUGGCAACACGCACAAUUACACUAAAUAGGGAAUUGUUGAUUAGAAGGAAUAGCGUAGUAAUAGAAAAACGGUUGAAAUAGACUAGUUUUAAGAUAUGAGACGAGUGGCUAUGACUUACUUUAUUUUGGUUUCAUGGAUUAUAUACAGUAAAAUAAAAUAUAGUGUUAUAUGUUUUCACAAACUUUACCUUGUGGGUUAAAGAUUAUCGAUUUGUCUAUCACAAUGAGAAUUAUUUCUUAUUAAAUUCAAGAAAGUUUUAUUUACAUAUGAUUUUUUUUAUAUAUUGACUGAUUUAUUAAAAUGUCUUUGUUAUUUUUAUGAACGGAGCCUGAGACUGGCUGGAACCAGUGAAAAAUUUAUACUAUCAUAUCAUUAGAAAUUGUAGUCUUAUACUCAUGGUAUUUUUAUAAUUUAAUCGCCAAAAUGUAUAUUAUUUUGUCUAUUUAUUUUGAAUUAUAAGUGAAAUUUUUAUAUUUUUGUUGUUCGCAUUUUAUAAAUUACAGUUAUAAGCUAUAGCUAUUAGUGUUUAUAGCUUGUGCAAAAAGUCGGGUAGAAUGAAAAUAUUGUUCACUUGUUAAAAUGUAUUAUCAAUUAUUAUUUCUUAUAUAUUCCCGGAAUUCAUAUCCAAAAUACAAUGUAUUUUUAUAUUAGCUCUUACAUCUACGAGUCGUUAAAAUAUGUUUGGUAUAUUGGAUAUAAAAACUGGGCGUUCAAACAGCCUUGUUAGAAAUGUUUAUCUCUAGUGUGUGUGGAAUUCGAAUAAAACAUUCUGCAUUUUAUACAUACAUACAUAGCAUAAACCGCUCAAAUUUGUUUUAAUUGUUGUUUAUACAAAAAAACAAGCCACACUAGGUAUUAUUGUUAUAACUUACAUAUUAAGUUAAAAGAAAUAGCUAAACGAAUAAUGUAAUAAUUAAACAUGUUUGAAUCCCUAAAAGUGACAAUUCACGAUUAUCGUUUUCGAUAUAUACGUUUCAUUCGAAUUAAACACACACUAGGCAUGAUAGGAAAGGCAAUUAUUUCCGACUUUUGCCAAGCUUAGCAAAAUGAAAGCAAUAAUUACGAAAUGAAAAUGUAGGUUUUAAGGGUAGCCUUAUUAGAAGUAAGAAAAUGUUAAAUUAUUCUUUAGCACGGCCGGCGUUAACGCAUUGUAAUAUGUUUUUAAUUGAAUAAAGUCAUAGAAUCAGA